AUGGGUUCUAUUGUCAAAGUUAAUAUCGUUGCAGCCCUCCUCUUUGCUUUCACUUCCAUUUUUGUUGCGGCCGGUAUGUAUCAAUUCUCGGGUGUCGUUUUGGAUGUUUUCGUUUUUCUUGUCCUUACAGUUAAUAGCCCCUUAGGUUUUAUAUCCAACGGUGUCGUAUACAAUAUUACCUGGACACAAUCUGGCAGCGAGCCAUCGGGUACAUGUGCUCUUUACAUAAUCAACGCCAAUAAUAGCGCCCGAACCACGAUAACCACUAGCGCGGACAUUGCAUCCGGAUCCUACAGUUGGAAGGUCAACGUUCCGGCGGGUUAUUAUUAUUUCGCUAUUAACGAUGGUACUGGUGAAAGGGAUUCUGGUGAUUUCCAGGUGACGGGUGGUUCGUCCAGUGCUUCCGCAGGCCCCAAUACGCCGGCCUCCAGCGGACAAUCGACCGCUGCUUCUGGACCUUCCCCUACCGAAACUAAUGCUGCCGUGACUACCGCUAACGGUGGUGAGACUGCUACUAAUGGAGGUAGUACCAAUACUGCCACCGGUUCUAGUAGCACUUCUACUAACUCGAGGUAA